UCGUGCGUGGUCCGCUGGGCCCAGAAAGGCCAGCACAGGGAGGACCCCUGGGGGCUCCUGUUGGGGUUCCCAGAUUCCCGGAGUCUCACAAGACACCUGUAGAAGCCACCCGUCUCGAGUCAGGGCUGCUGUGGCUUUGCCAUGCUGGGCAAAAGAGCUGCUGUCCCCUAGCUCUUGUCCGUGCCUAUGCCAUGCUUCUGUGGUGGGACCCAGACAAUGGACACAGACUUGAGGUGGCAGGGAGUAGACAGGGAGGCUGGACUCUGUCCCAAAGCCCAGUUGCAGAGAGAAGGGCAGGUGGGGGCCUGGCCUGAAUCUGAGGGCUACUGGACACCCCCACCCCAGGCCUGAAGGCAGGUGAGGCGGGGCCAGGCUGAUGUGCAGAGGAAGGGGGGGGCAAGUAGGGAAGGCCCCUUCCCUCUCUGGGCCCUGUCCAGCCCCAGGGACAAUCGGGGAUUCAGACCCCAGGCCUUGGGGGGAACAAUGGAGCCCUUGAAGGCCCUCCCCCCGCAUUGUGCUUGGUGGUGAGAGGUGGCCCUGGGUCGGGCCCACGACUCUUCCAGGCACAUGCCCUGGGAGGGCCAGUGUCCGGCCGGCUGGCAGGUGGAAGAGCUCAGGGACUCACAUUUCCUGGCCUGGAAAAGGUCCCACCCCCCGCCCCUAUGACCAACAUGAGCUGGAGUUUCCUGACGCGACUGCUGGAGGAGAUCCACAACCACUCCACGUUCGUGGGCAAAGUGUGGCUCACGGUGCUGGUGGUCUUCCGCAUCGUGCUCACGGCCGUGGGCGGCGAGUCCAUCUACUCCGACGAGCAGACCAAGUUCACGUGCAACACGCGCCAGCCGGGCUGCGACAACGUGUGCUACGACGCGUUCGCGCCCCUGUCCCACGUGCGUUUCUGGGUCUUCCAGAUCGUCGUCAUCUCCACGCCCUCCGUCAUGUACUUGGGGUACGCCGUGCACCGCCUGGCCCGCGCCUCCGAGGAGGAACGCCGCCGCGCGCCCCGCCGCCGUCCGACCCGCGCGCCCCUGCCGCUGCCCCUGCCUCCCCACCCCGGCUGGCCCGACUCCGCCGGCCUGGGCGAGGAGGAGCCCAUGCUGGGGGGCCUGGGCGAGGAGGACGAGGAGUCGGGGGCGCCCGAAGGCCUGGGCGAGGAGGCCGAGGCCGAGGACGCGGGCGCGGCCAAGGGCGCAGGCGGAGACGCCAAGGCGGCGGGGGCCCCGGGUCCCGCCCGGCAGCACGACGGGCGGCGGCGCAUCCAGCGCGAGGGCCUGAUGCGCGUGUACGUGGCCCAGCUGGUGGCGCGGGCUGCCUUCGAGGUGGCCUUCCUGGUGGGCCAGUACCUGUUGUACGGCUUCGAGGUGCGGCCUUUCUUCCCGUGCAGCCGCCAGCCCUGCCCGCACGUGGUGGACUGCUUCGUGUCUCGGCCCACCGAGAAGACCAUCUUCCUGCUGGUCAUGUACGUGGUCAGCUGCCUCUGCCUGCUGCUCAACCUGUGCGAGAUGGCGCACCUCGGCCUGGGCAGCGCGCAGGACGCGGUGCGCGGCCGCCGGCCCCCGCCCGGCGCCCCCGGCCCCGCGCCGCGCCCGCCGCCCUGCGCGCUGCCCGCCGCGCCCACCGGCCUGGCUUGCCCGCCCGACUACAGCCUGGUGGUGCGCGCGGCCGAGCGCGCGCGCUCCCACGACCGGGACCUGGCGAGCCUGGCGCUGCAGGCGCUGCGGGACGGGCACGCGUUGGAGGACCGCGAGAGCCCGCCGUGCCCCGGCCUCCCCGCGGCCGCCCGGGGGCCCCAGCGGUCCGGCGCCCCCGCCUCCGGGUCGGGCAGCGCCACGUCGGGGGGCACGGGCCAGGGCAGGCCGGGCGCCAAGCCCAGGGCGGGCUCAGAGAAGGGCAGUGCCAGCAGCAGGGAGGGGAAGACCACCGUGUGGAUCUGACGGCCCGCCCCUGAAGUGGCCCGAUCCCCUGCAGGCCACGGCUGGGGCUCUGGGGGAAGGCCAGGGCGCAGGGCGAGGAGCACCACCUGCCCUCUCUUUCUCCUCCACCUGCUCCGGACCACCCGGGAGGGGCGCCAGGUUGAAGGCAUCACCCGCUCAGCGUCACUGCCCCUCCCUGCCUGAGGUCUCCCCUCUGUCCAGGGGAGAAGGAGGAGGAGGGACCUGCGAAGGGUCCCCAGCUCUGAUCCCUAAACCCGAAAGGGUUUAUGGGACUGUGGCUGCGGGGGUGGGGGCAGUCUGAGCCUCACCUGUGUGUGUAUGUGUGUGGGGGGGGGAGUCUUGGCCCUCUCCUCCCCCACCCUGCUCCCCUGAUCAGCCCAUGUGUGUCAUGGCAGGCCCGGCGCUCGUCCAUACAGCCUGCAGCAGCAAAUGGGGUUCCCUCCCAAACCCCCCACCUCCAUCCCCAAUCCACUUCCUGUUUCCUACAGAGCUGAGAGCACUCCUAGGUCUUUCUGGUACAGAAGGGGAAACCGAGGUCUGGACUGGAAGGGAGGGACAGAAGGGGAGUUACGCAUCGUCCUGUGGGAGGGCAACCCCCCCCCCCCCACAGUUCCCUCCUGUGCUGAGGCCCUGGGGUGGGCUGAAGGGACUGCACUCUCUGGAGCUUCUGUACCUCUGUGGUUCGGCCCCUCCCCCUGGGACAGACGCAUGGUUCUGCAAAGAGGCUGCUAGCCUGUUGCCAGGGAGUGCUGGGACUCCGGUUUGGGCCAUUCUGGGGGAUGGGGAUCCUGGCUUCCAUCUACCCCUUCUCUGCCUUCUGUCCCCCUCCCUAAUUCAGACACAGCCGCCAAAGCAAAGGAAACAAAAUAAAACUAACUUUUGUUUACAA